AUACCGCAGGCCGCUACGUGAAGAAGCACCCCGAAAAGAGUGACAAUGGUAUGUCUGUAACAGCACGCAGCGAAUUGGAUUGAAUGUACAAAUACAAUGAGAAGCCCAGAACAUUCAAUAAGAACCACAGUAUAUAAACCGCAUACAGCUCCUCCCUGGGCUCCAAAGUAUCCCCCACACCUCCAAAGCAAAGCCCAACAUAUCCCACCCAUACCCACAACUCAUCUCCCAAAGCCAAAUCUCACACCAACAAUUCUAUCGCUAACACAGCAGCACCCCACUCACUCUCCUUACCAAGCCACCAACCAUGUGUAACCUAUACCCCGGAGUCCGCUACAGCUGCGGCUGCGUACGAAAUGGCCCGUUCUGGGGUGAAGCGUGCCGUUUAUACACGGAUGCAGUAGGACGACGAAUGCA